AUGCACACCCUGUUUACUGACUCUGCGUGGCAGGACCUGCCAGGGACCAGAGAGGAGAGGGAUGAUGAUGAUGAUUACGAGAACAUGGCACCAUCCUACAAGGACCUUCCUCCCAAGCCAGGUUCAGUGGCUCCUCCAAGGCCUCCAAAACAAGGAAAGAAGACAGAAAACCCCCGACGUCCUUGCAAGCCUCUAAAAAUCACAGGCCUGGACCUCACCCCUGCUCAAGGGUCCCUUCCUCAUACUGAAGCACCAGUAUUGACCUCUCUGUCCCCAUUCUCACCCCCAGCAACUCCAGUGCCCUGGCUCAGUCAGAAGUCCUGGGGUUCUGAGUGCUACCAGAAGGAGAGACUAAUGUUUUCCCUGGUGGUGGUGUCACUGCUCUUGAGCUGCACUGGUUUGGCUGUGACCCUGAUCAAGUACCAGAAAGUGGUAGAAGAACUGAGGAUAUUAACCUUCCAGCAGGUGGCGUGGCAAGCAAAUGUCACAUGACUGGCAGGGCUAGCUGGCCUGAAGAAGGACAUUGACCGUAUAAGAGCUGACACCAACCAGUCCCUGGUGGAACUUCGGGGCUUGUUAGACUGUACCAGGGUCACUUGCCCUGAGGGCUGGCUUCUAUUUGAGGGCAAGUGUUACUACUUCUCCACAAGCACCAAGUCAUGGGAUGAAGCCCGGAAGUUCUGCCAGGAGAAUUACUCUCACUUGGUCAUCAUCAGUAGCAUUGCUGAGCAGAACUUUGUGUCCAAGGCUCACCGCUCUCCACGGGUGCACUGGCUGGGGCUGAGUGACAGGGACCACGAAGGGGAAUGGAAAUGGCUGGAUGGGUCACCCAUCACUUUGAGCUUCUGGGAUCCGGAGGAGCCCAAUAACAAUUAUGAUGAAGACUGUGCCAGCAUGAACAGGGGUGGCUCCUGGAAUGAUCUGUCUUGCAACAAAGCUACAUAUUGGAUUUGUGAGCGGAAAUGUUCCUGUUGAACCCCAAGGAUAAGGUUGGAUGGAGAUCUAUAUCCAAUUGCCCCUUGGAUCUCAGAGAUGAGAACCUCUUGCCCUUCCAUUGAAGGCCCUGCCUCUCCAUGAACUGACUUGGAUGCACCCAAGAUGUAAGAAGCAGCCUGGAUGUAGCAAGUUCUCUGGAGUGUAGGUCAGACCAUCUCUAGGAUGAGGACUUGAGAUCUUGUUCAGUUGGAUGGUGUCUUAGUCUGUUUAGGCUGCUAUAACAGAAUAUCACAGACUAGGUGUCUUAUGAACAGCAGAAAUAUAUUUCUCAAAGUUCUGGAAGCCGGGGAAGUCCAAGAUCAAGGUGCAGGAAAAUUCAAUGUUUGGUGAAGGCCCACCUCCUGGUUCAUGGGCACUGUCUUUUUGCAGUGUCCUCACAUGGUAGAAGGGA